AUGCAACUUUAUCAUUCAAAAUUAGAAACAAUCGGCGAUAGGCGUAUGAUAUCAUUGAUGUUAGAAUCUACUUCUGCUACUAAAUAUCAAACCAAUAUUGUUCGUCUUCCACAUGGAUGGGCUUUGCCGAAAGAGCGUACCGUCACUCGUUUAAAUCCUGCACAACCCCGUUAUUUAACCAAAAAAUUUUUCGACGGUUUAAAAAACAAAAUGCGGUGGAAGCCCGAAGAAGUGGCUACCGAAAUGCAACAAAAAAAAGGACUAAAUGGAAAGUUUUAUUUUACAUCCAAGGAAUUUCUAAAAGCAGGACAAAUUAGGUCUUUUUUUUAUCGGAUGAAACAACUACAAGAUAAACAACAAUCCGCAGGUAAACCAAUGUCGGACAUACCAUUAUCACCACCGUCAAUAAUAGAAAUUGACGAAGAAGACGAUGAAGAGUUUGAUGAUGAACAGGUGUUCGUUGAGGUGGGACAAAGAGCUGACUUACGCGAUGCUAUGGGAUUGCCUCCGUCUCGUGCAUCCCGUCAGCCUCCAGCACGAGACCAUACAAUUCCACCAGACAAACGAUUGGCUGAAUCAACCCCUGACGUUAGUGCAAAACAACAUUCUUCGAAAAAAACAAAGCAGUAA